AUAACAAUUCAUGCAUUUCCAGUCGCUUCAUGAUUACAGAUUGUCUCAAGGUUAGUCCAGGCUGUGUAGAACAGAAAUCCACGAAAGGAAAAAACAGACACUCUCCCGAUGUGCAUGGUUUACAUGUGGAAAAAAUACCCCACAACAAGACUCACAUCUCAUGGACGCGAACGCUCCUGUUCAUUCUCAUCCACCUCCCUCUCGCCCUCGCCCGAAAGGAAGGCCGUCACCAGCCUCUCCACGUCGACACCACUUCCUGAAUGCCCAUCCUCUAACUCACGCCUCUGCACAGACAGAAGCGAUGUGUAAAUCUGAGCAAAUACUGAUGCAACUAUCCCGCGCGUACCGUGUGUGGCUUAGGGUGUCUCAUCCUCUCUUUGGCCUUCUGGAAAGUCCGAUAUAGCUCACGCCAGCCGCCAGCUUCCUCAAGGGCCUCAGGAGUGUCGGUUUUGUCGAUGAUCGACUGUACAAAGCUUGUGUUUUCACUAUGCAAAGGGCCUGCAAGACAGCGGGACACACGUGCGCAAUGUUUGAUUGUUGUCAGCACCGUCCCACCGGCAACAUUGCGGCCCGACGGGCUUCUAAUGUACUGUCUCGUCCGUGCUCUGCGGCGAAUGUUUUCCUCGUACUCGUGCUGGAAGGCGACCAACUUGUCGACGACAAGUAAAAGCCUCGACUGUGAAUGCAGAGAUACGGAUGUGUGGACAAGAGAAGAGGCGUGCGUCUAUCGUCUCUUCACCUGUAGGUCGUGCAGUGUCAUACCGCUCUUUGCACAGUCCGUCGCAAAUCUGCUUGCAGACACAGGCCACACUUACCGAAUGCAUGCUGCCUUUUUGUGCCCACCUUUCAGAAGCGAUGAAUGAUGCCUCAGAUGGGGUAAAGCCCCUCAACCACACAGACUCUUUCGUUUCCCAUAUACUUUGGUGACUCAACCGACUUUGCGAAUGAACAACUGCAAACUCCCGACUGUCACCUACACGCGCACACACAUGCACGGACGUAGGAAGGAAGCCAAAAGAAGAGGAGAGGAGAAUUGAUAGUUGUUGCGAUGUACUUUGCUCAACUGACUGACCUUCACACGGCCGAUCGUGAGCGAUGCUUGAUUCUUUUUGAAGCUGGCUCUGCAAAGCAAAGCGGCCAAGACAGAGCACUAUUCUCACUACUUCUUAUGCUGUGUGUCUUACUUUCUUCUUGAAGGAGGGCGAGUGCAGAACAAAGCUAUAUGACCAGAGGAAGGCGAGAAAGUCCGGCGGCACCUGGCAAAAAUACAAAAACAGAGACGCCAUCAAUCGGGAUACACUGUUUGGAGUUUGACUGACCUCUUUGAUAUGCAGCAGAUCGACGGCUUCCUGCAUGGCCGCACUCAGCAUCCGCAUCACCAACUCGCCCUUUCGCGCAAUCCGCCGCUCUUUGCUAUCCCCGCUUGGACACAGCGCCUUCACGAAAGACACGAUACCACAGAAUUGGUCACGCCGCCUCCCGCAGUGCCUGGCAACUUCAGCAGAUGAAAGUGUGGUGUGCGAGAUGUUGUCGCUUGUAUCCUCUUCCAUCAGUGAGAGGUUGCCGCUCUGCCAGUCCAACGACACUCUGCCGAACAUCAUGCGUCGACGCUCGUCCCGACGUGCGUGCCAGGCGAGGAGGUGGGACAGCCAUGUGACGGGGGGCAGGGUAGAGAGCACAGAGCUCUCUCGUAGAGAGAGCAAGGAAGUAAGCGUGGUCAGCCCUGCACACAGGGAGAGAUAUAGAGAUUGAACAUGCAGAAUUGUGUACUCGAGACGCCUCUCUUACCAAAUGUUAGGCGAGGUGACGACAGUCUCUCUGUUCGGCCGUCUCUUUCGGCUAGUUGCGUGAGGCCGUGGUAGCAUAUGAGCCACAGGAGGCUCAGGUAGUGAUACAUGUUCAGGAGCAUCGCCAGGAACAACAAAGUGACCCUUCCAUAGUCCGCAGCCUCGCUCUGGAUGAUCACAGACAGAAGCAUGAUGGAUGUGGUCCAAAUGAUCAGCCCCUGAGACUCCAUGCGGUUCAAGAGGUUCAUGUGUCGGUGAUCAAACGGCUGCACAAGCAGGUGAAUGGCCGUGGAUCCAAUUGCGAUGAUAACCCAGCCAACAAGUUGAAGGCCUGGAACACCGACGGCCAUGUGAGAGACCAAAAGGACCAACACGCGCCUGGUUGCAGAAGGAACCUAGCAAAAGUGAGGAGCAAAGGCAAUCUGCGUGCAAGGGGCACCUCAGAGCAAAGACGGCGUCCUGCACAUACAAGGGCAGAGGAGAGAACAAUAGGCGGUUCGCUCAGUGAGAGAAGUGUAUCACGUAUGAGCCGAUGUAUAUGCGGGCUCACCCAGUGUGCGUAUGGCCGCUUGUAUCCCUAGAACCACCAAUAUAUACAUAGAUGCACAUCAUCCGCUCCAUCCAACCUCUUACCCGGUAGAGGAAACCAAACCUCUGAGACACAUCGGCAUGACAGAAGAAUCAAAAAGAGUUUAAACUCUUCUUCGUUGCUCGUUUGUGGUCGGUCGUAUACCAAGCGCAUCUCGGGCCUAUGCAGCUUCUCGCGAAGAGACCGGAGCAGCACAACACCAACAAUCACGGGCAAAAAGCUCCACAGCGCCAAGCCAGCCAUGCCGAUGAAACGAAACAUCUCGUGGGGCCACUCGUGGCACAACAGAUCAGGAUUCACAUCUGGCCGUGACCGCUCUGUGAGGUGAUCAUCUUCAUCCAGGUACGGGUACGCUCGGCAUCGCAGCAGCAUCAGCAUGUUUCUUGUUACCGUGGGAUGCGUGAAUGUUAGUGUGACAAUGAAGAGCUCCGCUUGGUCAUCUACGGCUUUUUUGGCUUUCGCGCACCAGUCACUGGCAGAUCCCGUCCAAAUGUGAAUCGUAUCAUCCCGCACUGGCACCGGUGGCUGCCGAGUGAAACGACGGCGACAGCAACGCAUGAUGCAUCUGCCGCACCACGAAAACAGCGCGCCGAUGAUGGGCAUGACGAUGAGACAUAGUAGAGGUAUGACGAUCCACACAGCAUGUCUCCACAGCACUGCAGUACCGCUUGCCUCAGGACAUAUCAGCUGUAUAAUGCAGUCCCACGAGGCGUAUGCAAAUGGUAGACCUCCGUCCCAGGAAAAUAGGCGCGAUGAAUAGGUCAUCCAGGAUGAGAAUCGGUCAUCGUCGUAAGCCAUAGACAAGACCAGCAUGGCCAAUACGCUUAUCUGCCAAGAGGAAGGAUAUAUGCAUACUGCGAUCAGACUGGCGAUGCAUGUACCGAUGUGAGAUGGUUGAGUGCCACUUUGAAGAGAACUGGAAUCACGUCGUCGCGAGGCCUACUUCCAAUCCUGCGCACGGAAAAACAACAUCUCUUGUACAGCUGCGUGCGUCCUGUUGUGACCAUACCUUUGUACAAGGUAUGUCAAGCUAAAGAUAAUAGCAAGGGACACACAAACAAGUCCGAGAGCCGCAAGAAUGUUCACGUUUAGUGCGAAACACUGAAGGCAGGGCUGUAGUGGUCCUUGGCUCGCAUAGCCAUUCUUGCAGACGCCACAUAUGAAGCCCUGAUGGCCUUCCUGUACUCGCACACAUACACACGCAGAGAGAGAGAGAGAGAGAGAGCAGCUGACGAUCUUUCCGUUCCUGAAUGCGAUUUGACGAUUACCGCGCACUGAGUGAGUCCCGUGUUGUCAUCUGUGCCAAGGCAUGCCUUCUUGAAGGGGCAGGAAAUCACCACAGGCAGGCGCGUCAGUCCGGCAGCAUACCUGUACAUAGAAGUGGGCGCUUUCAUACACAUUUCCCUAUAAACACUGGUCUCACGUGGUUGUUUCUGUCCCAUUGUUGAUUAAAUCUCGCGUUACUGUUAGCUGGUAGUAGUCUUUGAGCAGACGCACCAUUGUUCUGUUAACAAUGGGCUUGUCACAUUUGAUGCCCUCAAUGCACUCCACACAUACACGCUUCUGGCUGUCCCUGCGGAAGAGACGCAGACAGUAACUGAAAGAUAGACGUCAAUCCCUGCAAUGUGCCAACCUGAUGUAUCCCUUUCGACAGAAGCAUGCCUCUGGGCCUCUGCUGCCCUCAGCCGAUAAGAAGUCCUCUCCACAUGAAUGGCACUCUCCCUCAAGCUCUUUCGACAAGACGCCAUAAGAACCUACAGUGGAAUGUAAGUAUCGUUCUUGUUAUGCUCUUGUCUUGUCGUGUUUUAGGUUAUGAGCAAACUACCUGAAGUACACGGCUGACAUAUUUCGGACUUAUUAAUAAAGUAGCCAGCUACACACUUUGGCUUGCAAGUGCCGGAGCUGCUUUUGAAGUAGCCAUCAACACACUCACACGAACUAGCACCGGCUUCAGACACUGAAAGAAUGACAGAAGGAAAGGGCGUUACCGCACAUUUUCCCCCGGAAGUUCUUGCAUGUUUUGUUGUCUCACUAGAUCCAACGGGGCAGAGAUGACAUCGAGAGGUGCCGACGUUGUGAUUGGAGAAUGAUCCUGUCUCACAAAUAGUGCAGCCUUGCCCUUCGCCAGCGUACCCAGGAAUGCAGCGACACAGAGCCGAUAGGUUCACUGAAACAUCCACCUUCACACGAGGACAUGAAUCGGCAUCCAUAUGUGGGUGACUGACAGCGUGUUGUCUCUAUAGUCACUCACCUGUAUGUCAUUCAUUGUGCGACACACGCUCGAACACUGAUACCCUUCGCCUAUCAGACGCACAGUAGAGUUAUUACAACGAUACACAAGCUGCUCACUUCCAGCUUGCUUACGUGUUGGGUCGUCCCAAUGAGGGUCACGGACCAGGUGAAAAUUGUACUUCAAUUCAUCCUCAAAAUUGAACAGUUCAGAGCAUCCCUGAACGAUAGCAGGGGAACUUGCCCGUUGAAAGUACUUGUCAUGCUGCCUCACUCACCUUGAUUUCGACCGUAUGAAUGAAUAGCCUUAAAUCAGGAUUCGACGUUAAGUCCACUUUUUUGGGCCAACGAUGCCAAAAACGGGACAGCUCAAACUUCUCUAGCUUGUUGUCGGACAAGUUGAGUUUAGCAGCGAGCACGGGGCGGGGCAUAUCGACUCUCGGAGUUCUCGGAGCUACCCAAUUAUCGAGUAUCGACACCAUCGUGAUAUUGUUGACAGAAAGAUCCAGAAGGCCUUCGGAUGAGAGAGCCUUUAAGCUGUCUCUUGAGCGAACACUAUACUGCUUCUGCAGGCAUCAAGAAUACCGAGAGUUGGCGCAGGUAAAGUAAUAGAGGCAUCACCGUGUUGUACCUCGCAAGGCCUGGCAAUCCACUCUUGCAGUUCCUCUAUGUCAAAAUAGCAUAGAGCGUCGGAAGUUAUUGCUCCAGAUAAGUGACAGUCUACGCAGCGGAGAUAUAUAAGGCUGAACACAACACAAGCACACUUAAUUUAUUUGUAUGUUAUGCGUCUCUUGCUGACCUUGGCAGCGCUCGAAAUGCCUGUAGGAAGUCAACAACGUCGAUCCCCAAAGGGUUGUCCGAGAAAUCUAGCCUUCUCACAGCAGGCCCUGAAGAAGGCACAUAGAUGCGCUCAUCUAGUCCUACGCACAUGUCCAUCAUACAAUUGGGAGGUGGCACCACUGGUAGCAACUCGUCAGCUUCAGAGAGCGUCGCUAGAAGGACAGAACAAGAGAAUACGGGCAAUAUGCCUAUCCACUUUGCCUACAUAUAGAGUCAGCAUAGCUGACACAGUAUCCCUUUGGCGUCUGAAACCACCCUGGCCAGCCAUGCGAAUCAAUAUUGUUGUUCCUCAAAUCUAUUUCCUUAACGGCAGGCAGGCGAGACCAUGUGGACGGAAUGAAACGGAGAGCACUGUUGCUAAGAUAAAGGUACUCUAGUCUGAGGUGGAAAGAAAAAACGACAACUAUGAGAUAGAAUCGCUUUGUGUCUUACGUCUCGGGAAGGGAUGCGUUGCCAUGAAAACCCUCAAUGCGAUUUUUUGAAAGAUCUAGCUUCUUAAGCGAGUGAAGGGAUUGUAGAGGUGGCAAUACGCCGCUGAGGGAGUUACUGCUGAAAACGAGUUCCUCUAGCUUAGCCCAUUUCUCAAGCGAGGCCGGAAGAGCUGUCAGCCUGCAUUCAAUAAGAAUCAGAGCACAGGAGCGGUAUACACGUUGGUUGACAGCAAGACUAUUACUUGUUGUGGUCCGCGAUAAACUCUUUCAGUUCUGUGCAUUCCCCCAGCCCGUCAGGCACGGGGCCCUCAAACUGUACACAGCGGCAGACAAAAGAGGAGAGACAUUUGUCGGCAACACAUGAGAGACAUCCGCCUGUGUCUCUCGAUUUCGUGUCGGACCAUAUUAUCGCUCAAACGCAAUAUCUCCAGCUUUCGGAGUGGCCCAAGGGCGUCCAAAGUCCCUGAUAACCCGCUCUGCCAAAAUUCCAGCUCCUUCAACUCCGACAAGUUGGCCCACUGCUCAGGAAUGGUGCCAUUGAGGUUGUUGCGGCUUACGUCCAGGUACUCAAGCUUGGUCAACGAGCCCCACUCUGGAGGUAAAGGGCCAUGAAAACCUUCAUUUAUGCGCUGGUAGGAGAGGCGGAUGUGACGUAUGUUUGUCGUCUUGCUGAGUUCUGUGGGAAGAUGACCUGACAGCUGCAAUCAGAAUAAUUCAUCGCUUCCUUACUUACGCCCCAGUGUCUCUCUGAUUUCCAUAUCUCCUGACCUACCUGAUUUCGUUGCAGUUCCAGCUCUUCAAGAUGCGGCCACGUCGAUCCGAAACCAUCAGGCAGACUGCCUUUCAGACGAUUGCGGGACAGCGAGAGGUGUCUCAAUUUAGUCAGAUUCAUGAGAGACGGCGGCAUUGGUCCAGAUAAGUCGUUAUCUGAAGUCCCCACACACACACAUGAAAGGAGUCAGUGCCCUCACACAUAAGACACUCACGUACAUGACAAAUCGAGGGUCUCGAGAUUCGCCAUGCCUCCUAUCCACUCCGGUAUCUGGCCAUUCAGGUCAACCCGCUGCAGCACGAGCGUUGUCAGGUUGGGGCCGAGGUGGGGGCUGCUUGGAAGGCGCAGACCAGGCAGAAUCAGAGUCAGAUGCUUGAGUCGUGCCAGAUUGGCGAUCUGGUCUAACGAGCCUUCGAGCCAGCGAGCCUCGACAAUUGAGAGCACUUCGAGGGAGUUUAGCCGCCAUGGCGGCAGCGGCCCAGAAAGGCCAGGCCCUGUUCGCUUGGAGCCUUGAAUUUCUAGCGCCACAAGGGAUGUGAGCCUCCCGAGUGAAGCGGGCAGGCUCCCACCCAUGCUCACCUAAGAGACACAACCAACGCACCUAAGCGGUUUCUUCUCACUUCUUCUCUUGCUCCCACCUUUCUCAAGGUCAGCAGCCGGAGGGAUGUCAAAUUGCCGAUUUCCUCCGUCAGCUGGCCCUCUGCAUGCACACAUAUAGUUGUGCUCUUGUCUGCAUGUAAGUACAUUCAUACGUACCGAGGGGCACAGACGUAAUCCACAAACCCAAGACGGCCUUCAGCUCAUAGGUCUCAGCGGGAAAAGGCACCCUCUUCCCUCUCUUCCUAAGUGCCGCUGCCCAUGUGUUCACCUGACCCCCCCGGUGAUCACCCCAAAGCAGCAAGAGAUAUCCCUCAACACCAUCAGGUAAUCGAAUGCACACGAUGAAUGACACGGAACAGAAGUCAGUCGCGAAGUCUGUCGCCUCGGACUCAUUCAUCAGGCCAAUCUUCACCGUCAGCCUGCUGAGCGCAUCAGCAUCGGCAGAGCAAGACGGCCCACACUCCACGCUUGAGAGCUCGUCCACCUGGUCCAGUGGCAGGAUGAGCGACUGGGGAGAUGAGACGCCCAUGGGGGUAACGGUUGGCCGAAAGACCACAGAGGUGGAGAGUAGCUCCCACUUUGUGCAGUCGGUCCACGUACAGCUGCCAUUGUAGCCGGCGUCAUCUUGCAAACGUCGGGUUCGCUCCACAAGGUGGGUUGAAGGGACUGUUUGAACGUGGAGCAGAGCGACAAGAAGCUGCAGAAGCGCGAAAGGACAGCGCAUCUUCGCAUUUCCUUCACUCGGCUGACGCCCUCCGUCUGCUCCCUUUCGUCAUGUGAUGGCCCGUCGAGCACGUUGGUCUCCCCGCCUGGAAGUGGCAAGGGGUCUGCCGUCC